CCAAAUUCUUCACCUAACUAAACUCUCCGUUUUCUCCUGAAAAACCUCACUUGCAUUUUCUUGAACAACAAUGGUGGCUUCUUCUAGAGAAUUUACAACGUCCAUGCUGCCAAGGGUUGAUGUAUCACACGCUUACCGUAAUGGGUUUGUGGAAUUUCGAAAGAAGAAGAGGAGGUUGAUUAGUGGAGUUUGUUUUAGUGUCAAAUGUUGUUGUUCAGACUCGACAAUGCCAAUUAGAGGCGGCAGUGGUUCAAGGAAUGGUGUUGAUAAAGGUGAUGAUUGGAGGUUUGAUGCUAAGAAGAUUAGUGCUAAUUAUAUGAGGAUUCAAGCUUCUUCUGCAAUGCCCUUUGCAUCUCCUCAGUCUAGAUUUGUUUCAAAGCCAGAAAAGUUCUUUUCACGAUGCAUCCCACGAAAUCCAGGCCCUCAGUCUCGUGAAUCUCCACCAAAACGAGACACUGGUAUUGCUAAUGAGAAAGAUUGGGGCAUCAGUCUAUUAAAUGAUAAUGUCAAUGAAACCGGAAUAAACGAAGAUGGUAGUACAUGGUAUCGGGAGAGUGGGGAAGACCUUGGUGACAAUGGAUACCGAUGCCGAUGGACAAAGAUGGGUGGUCAGAGCAGUGAUGGUACCUUAGAAUGGAAAGAAACGUGGUGGGAGAAGAGUGAUUGGACCGGAUACAAAGAACUAGGUGUAGAGAAAUCCGGUAAAAAUGCUGAAGGGGACUCAUGGUGGGAAACAUGGCGGGAAGUUCUUCACCAAGAUGAAUGGAGUAAUCUUGCUAGAAUAGAAAGGAGUGCACAAAAACAAGCGAAAUCAGGCACAGAGAAUGCUGGGUGGUACGAAAAUUGGUGGGAAAAAUAUGAUGCGAAGGGUUGGACAGAGAAAGGGGCCCACAAGUAUGGCAGAUUAAAUGAACAGUCGUGGUGGGAGAAAUGGGGAGAACAUUAUGAUGGAAGAGGAUCUGUUCUUAAAUGGACAGACAAAUGGGCAGAAACUGAGCUUGGGACAAAAUGGGGAGACAAAUGGGAAGAGAAAUUUUUUGCUGGAAUUGGUUCGCGACAAGGGGAGACGUGGCACAUGUCACCCAGCGGUGAUAGAUGGUCAAGGACAUGGGGAGAGGAGCACUUUGGAAAUGGCAAAGUGCACAAGUAUGGCAAGAGCACAACAGGUGAAAGUUGGGACAUUGUUGUGGAUGAAGGAACUUAUUACGAGGCUGAACCUCACUAUGGAUGGCCAGAUGUUGUAGGAGAUUCAAACCAAUUAUUGUCAAUCCAACCUCGAGAAAGACCGCCUGGUGUAUUCCCAAGUAUGGAUUUUGGUCCAUCUCUGCCUCCAGAAGAUGAGUUGCCUCCCUCCUUGUCACAAUGACAAGUUGGUUUGUUUUGGAACAAGGUUGAUAAAUGAAUGUUGGUAGUUGGCAAAUUUUCCAACUUUGAUUGUAAUUGGCAACUCGUUGUGUAACAGAACUUGCUUUGCUACUAUUCAUUUAUUUCAUUCUUUUAGGAA